AUGAAGCUUUUAAUUAUCUCCUUGGCAAUUUCUUUGUUUUCGCAAUUAUCAUUCGCUUCCCCAACCCCUACUGAGAGGGAGGAGGCUGCGCGCGCCAAGCUUGUGAAGCGAGCAACAAUCACUGAUGCCGCUAACUUGGGAUACGCAACUCAGAAUGGAGGGUAAUAUUCCCUUUCUCAUUUCAAGAAAUUUGAGGAUACUAAUCUCCAUAUCAGAACUACCGGUGGUAAAGGUGGAACCGUCACAACUGUUUCUACAUUAGCACAAUUUUCCGCUGUGGCAGACAAUUCCAAAAACAACGAUGCGACCCCUCGGAUCAUUGUUGUCAAGGGAACAAUUUCUGGUGCAACCCAAGUUCGUAUUGGGUCUAAUAAAUCCAUCAUUGGUCUUCCUGGUGCCAGUAUGAUACCUCGCUCAACCAUUUGCAUACCCCCUUCGCUUAUUUAAAAUAGAAUUUGAGGGCAUUUCGUUAUUCAUUUGGAAGCAGAGCAAUGUGAUUGUUCGCAAUAUUAUCAGUGCAAACGUCCUAGCGAGUUCCGGAGAUGGCUUGACCAUCCAAGCUUCAAACAAUGUCUGGAUUGAUCAUUGGUAAGAACUUUUGUUUGUUUCUCUGGCAGCAACUAACGACACAAGCGAAUUCUAUUCGGACUUGAAUCACGACAAGGAUUACUACGAUGGCUUAGUCGACGUAAGCCACGAGUCUGAAUGGGUCACGAUCUCCAAUCUGUACCUACACGACCAUUACAAGGAAAGUUAAUCAAAGGCUAAAUCAACGACCUAAACCAUCUGCUAACAAAACAUUUGCAGGCGUCACUCAUUGGCCACAGUGACAACAACCCAAAAGACGCUGGCCAUCUUCACGUAACUCAAGCCUACAACUAUUGGGAAAACAUUGGCAGUAGAACCCCGAGUUUCAGAUACGGAACCGGCCACAUUUACAACUCAUACUUCAAAAACAUGAAGACUGGCAUUGAUACUCGCGACGGAGCUCAGAUACUAAUCCAAAGCAAUGUUUUCCGAAAUGUCACACAACCCAUUGCUGCACUUUAUUCUGAUGUCACAGGGUAUGGAGUUCCGCAAGAAGCCUUUGAAAUUUCGAAUCCCACUAACAGAUUUGUAGAUAUGCAAAUGUAUUCGACGUGGAUCUUGGAGGCGCGAGUAAUACUGCACCUGUCGGGAAAUUGACAGCUAGUAGCAUGCCAUACUCAUACUCUCUACUUGGGUCAGGAAGUACAGUGAGCUCUGUCAUGGGAACUGUUGGCGCUACUUUAACCUUUUGA